UGGUAAUGAAUUUCCGCUCAGGUGCGAUUGUUCGUCCGUGACCUCGUCUGUGCGUUUUAUUAAACUACAUUUAUCGCGACUAAACGUUACGUAAAGAUUUCAACAAGUAAUUUCAUGGCCUACAAAGUGUUUUCAUCGUGCCCUUCCUGAUCCUCCAAACUUUCCUUGAGGCGCAACAACAAACAGGAAAGAGUGGCACAGUUACGCACCAAGCGCGCGCACAAACUCUCCCCACGGCUGUUUCCUCGCCCCGAGCGGCUCUCUGAAGGACUUCAAUUCUGCUGUCAUUUCUCACAAUCUGAUCUUUCAGUAGGAGUCUGAUGCGUGAGCGCGUCAGGGACGCGUCCUCCCAACAGUUUCCCACCAGGAUUCCUUUAACGCGUCCUCGGGCUUCCUUCGGUGUUAAAGAAAUGGAAACUAUUCUGUGGGAAUUUUAAGCUCAAGGAUAAACGGGACAGAAGCAGAUAAAGUCGCGCUGUUUGGAUUCCUCGGUUGGGUUUAUAUGAAGCUCUUCUUUGGGUUACGGAGUUUGCACUGCUGUGGAAACUCGGUGUCCAUGUGGGGCGUCUGGAGCGCGUCUGUUCGGGUUCAGAUCAUGUGGCUGCUCGUUUGUUCGAUGAUCGCGGCGGCGUGCGCGGAACAUUACGUCUCGCAGGCCCAGGUGAUGAUGAUGUCCUCCAAAGCGCUGAGAGCUUCAAACACGAGGAGUAAUGUAACAGACAGCAAUCACCUCACAGACUUAUACCGGAAGGAAGAGGUCAUCAUGGUCAAGGGCGGAGGUUAUGUCCAGAGCCCACGGUUCCCUAACUCUUACCCCCGCAACCUACUGCUGUCAUGGAAACUGCUCUCACCCCCCAACACCCGCAUUCUACUGGAGUUUGAUGCUCAGUUUGGAUUAGAAGAGGCGGAGAAUGGAGUCUGCAGGUAUGAUUUUGUGGAAGUGGAGGAUAUAUCUGAGACCAGCACCAUCAUUUGGGGUCGCUGGUGUGGUCAGAGAGCUCCGUCACGGAUAACAUCUAAAACAAACCUCAUCAAAAUCACCUUCAAAUCAGACGAUUACUUUGUAGCCAAACCUGGAUUUAAAAUCUGCUAUUCACUGCUGGGCAGCUCACCUCUCGCAUCCAUGACUAACUGGGAAGCAGUUACAGUGACUUCGGACCUGAGUGAGACCUCCGGGACGGAAGCCCCGCUGUCUGCAGCCGCUCUCGAUAAUGACAUCUCCAGUGUCAAUACGGUGGAAGAGCUGAUGAGACAUCUGAACCCGUUUACCUGGCAGGAAGACCUGGAACAACUUUACACACAAACGCACCACUACAGACCCCGAUCCUUUCACAUGGACCGCAAACACAAACUCGAUCUGGAUCGUCUCUACGAUGAUGUAAAACAGUACAGCUGCACUCCCCGAAAUUUCUCCGUCAGUCUCCGCGAGGAGCUGAAAACGACCAACGCUGUGUUUUUCCCACGAUGCCUCCUGGUGCAGCGCUGCGGGGGAAACUGCGCAUGCGGCACGGACGGCUGGAACUCAUGCACCUGCAGCGCUGGAAAAACUGUCAGGAAAUUACACGAGGUGCUGAAGUUCUCCCCAGGUCCAAAUUUCUACAAAAAGCGAACUCGUGCCCGCUGGGUUCUGGAGGAGAUCUACCUGGAUCAUCAUGAGAGAUGUGACUGUGUGUGUCAGUCAAGACCACCACGAUGAACAUCAACACACACCUGCCGUCACAUUCACACACACGUUCAAACCAUCACACACGCUUUUCAGAUGUGUAACUUUCUCUGUUUCUGUUAUUUGUAUUGAUCAGAUGUUAUUGUGUCAGAUGAAGUCAUCAAUUGUAUUUUGAAUAUUAAUGAGCUGUUCGCUGUUUAAAACCAGUUUGAACCUUUAGCCAGUCUAUUCCAAGUGUUAUUUAUUUAAAACAAAAUGUCUUUGUCUUUUAUAUCUGUGAUCGUCUGUUGUAUGUCAUUUCAUAUUUUUCAUAUUCUUGUGAUCAGAUAUGAUAUUGAGUUUACUGAAACAUCGCCAGGUUACAUUUUAGCCUGCAGCAUCAAAAGAAAAUGAAUCAUUUUAAAUUGAUUUGAAUAAAGAGUCUUUUAAAAUGUU